AUGACAUCCUCUAUGAUUAAUCUCUUACAGACGAACCACAGUGAUAGUACAGAAGAAAUCACAGCCAUACUUGAAGCUUUACCAUCCUAUCAAAAUUUACAAGAAACUCAAGAUGAAUCAGCAGUAUUCGAUGAUAACAACGAACCAUCCACUGGUCUAAUUAGUUUAAUACGAAAGAAUUCUUUACAAGCAGGAAUAGCAAAUGAUACAGCGAACACUAUAGUAGCUGAUGAUUCGACCAGUUAUUAUUCCGCUGAUGAUGACACAACAGCAGCUGGAACAACUUUAAUACCAAUUGUAACAAGUGCAAAUGUCGAAGAAGAAGAAGAAGUAUCUUAUGAUAAUGAUGAUGAAAUGAAUAUGAGUAUAUUGAAGAGUAAAUUGAAGCAUCUGUUCAUUUUAAGUGAAAAUGGUAAACCUGUUUUUACAAGGUAUGGCGAUGAAGAAAAUCUGGUUACUUUGAUGGGCGUUAUGCAAACUCUUGUAUCAUUUUCUGAAGUAAUCGCAUCAAGUCAAUUAAAUUAUAUAAAAGCUGGUCGUUGUCGUAUAGCUUUUCUACAUAAAGAACCAUUAAUAUUUGUCUUAAUCUCUUACAUAAAUGAACAUCCAAUGUGUUUAACACAACAAUUAACAUACGCAUAUCAUCAAAUCAUUAGUACAUUAACACUAAGUCGUAUUAAACAAAAAUUUACUGUUCAACCAAAUUUUGACCUACGUCGUUGGUUAUCGAAUGCUGAGAAAAAACUUCUUUAUAAUAUAAUUGAUAUGUAUGAGCAUGAUCUCGGAAUGGUUAUGACAUGUGCUAGAUGUUUAAUAUUACCAGCAAAUGUACGCACUCAAAUAGGACAAAUAGUUGCACAAACAAUACGCGGUCAAAAGGAUAUGAUAUUUGCUAUAAUUCUUGCGCAUAAUCGACUUGUGUCAAUAGCUCGUUUAAAAAAUUAUCAUUUACAUCCAUCUGAUCUGUAUCUACUAGUUAAUCUUGUUAAUAGUUCGGAGGCAUUUAAAGGUGUAGAAUCAUGGGUACCUGUUUGCUUGCCGAGAUUUGAUUCAGGAGGUUGUCUUCAUGCACACAUAUCGUAUUUAGAUGAAAGUUGUGAUAUAUGUCUCAUUCUAAUGACAGUGAAUCCUGAACAUUUUCAAAUAUUAUCAGAAUUCAAAGAACGUAUCGGAGAGAAAUUAAGAAAAGUAAAUGCCCUGUUACCAAUUAAAAUAUCGUUGGGUAAAGAUCGUCUUCUAAGUGAUGAAAUAUCAUGUAGUGAUCUAAGAUUUUUUGCAUAUAAAUCACGUGGUUUAAGUCAAUAUACAUCAUCGAAAAUGUUACCUCCGUAUACGACAAAUGAACAACAUGUUAGAUUAUUUGAAUUAAUACGUUAUGUCUAUGGACGUUUACAUGAUCCGAAUCAUCAAUUAAAAAUUGUCUAUUUCAGAGGUGAACAUGAAUCAUUACUUGGAUGGUUAGCUCCAGGUUUUGAAAUGCAUGCAGUAUUUUCACCAUUGGUUGCGUUAGAAACAGUAACAUUAUGUAUCGAUCGCAUUUUAACAUAUAUAAAACGUGAAGAAAAUCAAUUAUUUAUAAUGAAAUGCGAAUAUUUUUGA